AUGGCUCCAGGACCGCACGGCAGCAUACGACACAAGGACAAAAUCGAACUUGCGAUGGCGCACGGAGUGUUGGAUAUUAGCCAGGCUAAACUUGAGAACAGCCCGAUCGAGCCGGUCAUGGAAAGCCUCGAUGUCCACCUCGUCGCGAUCGGGAUCUGUUCGACUGGUGAGUUCGCUCGCUGCCUCCGUCACCUCGCACCAUGCUUCGAGCUGUCGGCUACUUGGCUGCAACAGCGUGUCCCGGAGAUGGCCCUGCUCGACGACGCGGUCCCAUUCGGUGAUGGGAUCCUGGGAGGUCUCCCUCCGCGUAAAAGUAUUGAGCAGUCGUGCAUUGCGCCGGCUGAGGCAUCGGGCCUCUACUUUCUGGUCGUGCACAAGGACCGUCAUCGUUUUCUCUAG